AUGAGCUCUCCAGUCCAAAAGCUUUUCAUGACUUUCAGAGAUGAGACAGAAGGCAUCUGUACUCAGAGAGUGGGACAAGUUGCUUUCUCCGCCUCUUUAAUGGCUUCAAGUGCAGUAACCCUCGGCCCCUUUAACACUCACACUAAUCUGGUCUUCAGACACGUGGUCUCAAACAUUGGAAACGCCUACAGCCCAAACACAGGGUUUUUCACUGCACCGGUCAGAGGGGCCUACCACUUUGAGUUAUACAUCUUUGGGCAAAUGGAUUCUUCACAUUCUUCAGGUGCUGUGUUGGUGAAGAAUGGAGAAAAUAUUUGUAUUUCUUAUGAAUAUCAAACAGCUGGUGACGGCAAAUCCUCUAAUGGAGCCACUUUGCUCCUGGAGGUUGGAGAUGUUGUGUUUCUGCGUCAGUGGGUAAAUACAAGAAUCUUUGAUAAUGGAAAUCACCACAGCACGUUCAGUGGUCACCUGCUGUUCCCCAUGUGA